GCGGAGCCUCCGUCACGUGGGCCAUGGCGCCUCCUCCUCCCGAGCCGGACGGAGACGAGAGCGCGCGCCGCGAAAUGGAGGGUCACGAUGCCAAGGAGCCGGAACAGCUCAGGAAGCUGUUCAUCGGAGGCCUCAGCUUUGAGACCACAGAUGAGAGUUUAAGGGCUCACUUUGAGCAAUGGGGAAAGCUCACCGACUGUGUGGUGAUGCGGGACCCAGCGAGCAAGCGCUCCCGUGGAUUUGGCUUUGUGACGUAUUCAUGUGUGACGGAAGUGGAUGCGGCCAUGGCGGCACGUCCGCACAAGGUGGACGGUCGCGUCGUGGAGCCCAAACGUGCUGUAUCUAGAGAGGAUUCAUCAAAGCCUGGUGCCCACUUGACGGUUAAGAAGAUCUUUGUGGGAGGGAUUAAGGAGGACACAGAGGAGCACCAUCUGAGGGAGUACUUCCAGACCUUCGGCAAGAUCGAAAGUAUUGAGGUGAUGGAGGAACGGCAGACGGGGAAGAAGAGAGGCUUUUGUUUUGUCACUUUUGAUGACCAUGACACAGUUGACAAAAUUGUUGCUAAGAAGUACCACACAAUAAAUUCCCAUAACUGUGAGGUGAGGAAAGCACUUUCCAAGCAGGAAAUGCAGGCUGCUUCCAAUCAGAGGAGUAGGGGUGGAGGGUCAGGGAACUACAUGAGUAGGGGAGGCAAUUUUGGUGGUGGAAACUUUGGUCGUGGGGGCAGCUUUUCCGGUGGAUAUGGGGGAGGCAGAGAUGGUUAUGGUGGUGAUAGCGGCUACAAUGGAUUUGGAGGUGAUGGGGGUCAUUAUGGUGGGGGACCUGGCUACGGAGGAGGUCGUGGGAGUUAUGGAGGUGGUGGUGGCCCUGGGUAUGGGAACCAGGGAGGAGGCUUUGGAGGAUAUGAUAACUACAAUGAUGGUGGCAACUUUGGAGGAAACUUUGGUGGUGGUGGAAACUACAAUGACUUUGGAAAUUAUGGUGGGCAGCAGUCCAGUUAUGGCCCAAUGAAAGGAAGUAAUUUUGGGGGAAGGAAUUCGGGUGGACCUUAUGGUGGUGGCUACGGCUCUGGUGGUGGAAGCAGGGGCUACGGCUCUCGGCGAUACUAACUCCUGCACAUUCGGCAACAGUUCUUAGCAGGAGAGGAGGUGAGCGAAAGGAGUUGUCAGGAAAGCUGCAGGUUACAGUGAGGCAGGACCGUCCACACACACAAGAAGCCAGGAACCCUAGUCAGAUGCAUUACCACAGCUUAAACAGGAGACCGUUCCCCUUGAUAAGGACUGUAUCCACUAGCUACAGAGUGCAAGAGUGUAGCUGCUGACUGAAGAAACCACCGUGUCUGUUAGAUGAACAUUCCCGAGGUCUCAUUGGUGAUAGUUUUUUUUCCCCAACUAUUUUAUUUCCCUUUUUGCAUCUCAAGAAAUAGCUAUGUAUAUUGUGAUAGUUGUACCAGGAAUGAAAACAAGGAACACUUUUUAAUUGAACAUGUAUAGUUAGUUUUGGAGUCUUAAGUUUCCUAGAGUUUUUUGUUUGUGUGUGCCAAGGCUCUUUCUGUUUUUAAAGAAUUUAAAAUGGGUUCAGUAAAAGCAGGAAAUCAAGAGCCAAAAGAUGAGCUGUAAGAUGUCAGUUUUUUUUUCUUUCUAUUAAUCAGUUUUUCAGUCAUUGUGUAUACUUUGGGUGAUUUCCCCUCCCCCCACUGGUAUUUUUUUUUGUGUAAUGGGUUAAAUAGUGUAACUCAGUUUUUAGUAAAAUCAUUCUGUGUCAUUUUACUUAAUGUAUGGGCAUGUAGUCCACGCAACAUGUAAAAA